GUCGUCACGCCAGUCAUCCUCAACGCUUUCGCUGCUGUGGCGGUGUUGUUGUUGGUGGCGAGUCUGUUGCGAGAGAUCCAGGGAUAUGACCAGUACAUGUCCUGUGGACAGAGUGGAGGCACAGAUGGAAGAGAGCCGAAGCACCUGCACUUUGUCCACCAGCAGGACUUGCCCUGUGACUUCCAGAGCUCUGGUGACAACUUUUGCAAUGUGCCUGGUGAAGCAUAUCCAUGGCAAGCAGUGAGGCGGUUCGUGUACGAGAACCAUGGACUCAUGCGGCGGAUGUACGGGGACGUGCGCCAGGGGUCGGUGCUGCGGGAAGAGCUCCUGGCUGCCGAGGACGCCCUUUUCUCCGAGCAAGCAGUGAGGCGGUUCGUGUACGAGAACCAUGGACUCAUGCGGCGAGACGCCAACAACAACAACAACAACAGCAUCAAGACCAGCAGGGGUCGUCUCGUGAGCCACGACUCAUGAUGGUGGACACUGCAGUCUUGGGCGACGUGGUGGACGGUGUGGCUGACUUGAGGAUGGACAGGUACAUGAGUGAUGAACCACACUUGCUGCAGCGCAGGGGAAGGGAGUUGCUUCGCAGGGACCAGCAGAACCACUUGACAGCCAACCACAUUGUUGCCACGUAUGAAGAGAAACCAUCACUGGCUGGUGGUGGGGAUGGUGGUGGUUCCUCCUCAUCCAUGUCCACCACCAGAGAAGAAGGAGGGGAAGUCAGGUUCCAGGGAAUGUUGCCAACUGCCCAGUUGGAAGCCAUAGCCAAAGUUCAGUAUGUUCACUCUUCAGUCCCUGGACAGCAGAACAAGUUCUCCUUUGGACACCAGUCUCAUCACAAGUAUGACCAGUUUGAGAAGGAGCCUGUGCCAGAAGUGGUGCCACUUGGUGGAAAUCCAGAUACCAGCAGUGAGCAACCAUGGGCCACACCAGUGGGGAGUAGCACCACACCCAUCACCACAUCUCCAUCAGGACACAGUAAUGAGAGUUUCACUAGCAGUAGUGGUGCUGGUGGUGGUGGUACAGUGACUGUAUCUGAGGAAGCUGUGGGUCCACUGGCCACAACUCUGCCAACAGCAGCAUCCUUUUUAGUUGACAACAGCAGUACCUUAUUGGGAAAUGUCACUGCAUUCCACACCACUGCAUCUGUUACCUUGCUGGAGACAACUACUGGAGGAGGCAAUGGAAGUAAUGAGGAUGAGGAAGACUUUCCCACAACUACAGCUGCUGUGACUGGUAGAAGAACACAGUCACCAGGUGGCGAGGCCACAGAAAGCACAGAACCCCUGAUGGACAUGACAGAGGUAGUGCUGGAAGAGCGAAGGAGACCCAUUGCAGUGACAAAUGAUGAUGACUACCAGCCAACUUCUGAGACAGUGACUGAAACCCCAAUGCCAGUGAAAACAUCACAAAGACCCAACAACAAAUACCACAAGAUGAAAGGAGUAAAUGCCUGUCCAAUCAAGGAAGAGGUGGUUGCUCCUUAUUGGGCAAACAACACAAGAGGAGAAGUGCUGGCACUGCUGAAUCUCUAUCCAUUUGAGCAAUUCAUUCAUUGGGAAAAGUGCACAUGCCAACAUUUUGAUGAACUGCACAGCAGUACGAGCACAAGCAGAUGUACUGCAGGGACGGAUGCAGAUGCGAGCAGCAAUACCGACUCCACCGACUCCUGGCCUUCGACCCCAACAACAGAAAACAACAACGGAGAUGAUGAUGAAGAAGAAGACGACCAAGAACAAGAACUACAACAGGAUGAUGAAGUUGGAGCUGGUGGUGGAGCAGCAAUGUUAUUGACAUCAGCUGGGGAGCCGGAGAAAAGCGGAGCAGCAGCAGCGACACCUAGGGAUCGUGAGCAUCAGCACGACGGCGAGGUCUCGUCAAUGCUGCCGAUGGAUGACAGCAGCAGCGGCAUCAAAGACACGGCUGAUGAACAAGACCUUUACUCGCAACGCACGCCUCGGCAAAGAACCCUGAGCUACUUGGACACUGAUUUCGGGCCAGCAAACAUCGAGCCGUUGGAUCAGGCGGAUUUCCUCGCGUAUCAAAUGUCUGGUGGACGCGAAGAUGAUGACGAUGGUGACCACCUCGGCAAAGAACCCUGA